CUUCAUAGCUUGUUUGAAUUGAGAAGUUGUAUCCUCAAUGGCACAGUCUUACUAGACAUGAGAGCAAAUUCUUUAGAGGAAAUUGCAGAUAUGAUUCUUGAUCAACAAGUAGGGUCCGGGCAGCUCAGUGAGGAUGUUCGUCACAGAGUCCACGAGGCUUUACUCAAACAGCAUCACCAUCAGAACCAAAAGAAAUUAAGCAAUAGGAUCCCAAUAGUCAGGUCCUUUGCUGACAUUGGCAAGAAACAGUCUGAACCCCAUUCCAUGGACAAAAAUGCAGGUCAGCUUGUUUCCCCACAGUCUGUGCCAACCACUGAAACCAAAAAUGAUGUCAGCCGAGAAAACAGCACUGUUGACUUUAGUAAGGGACUAGGAGACCAGCAAAAAGGGCAUAACAGUAGUCUAUUUGGGAUGAAACAGAGAAAUGAAAAAGGACACCUUCAUCAGGAAGAGAGAGAGAGAGAGGUUGACCUGCAUUUCAUGAAAAAAAUCCCUCCUGGAGCCGAAGCUUCAAACAUUUUGGUUGGUGAGCUUGAAUUCUUGGACCGUGCUGUAGUCGCUUUUGUUAGAUUGUCUCCUGCUAUGUUGCUUUCAGGAUUGACAGAAGUUCCAAUCCCAUCAAGAUUUUUAUUUAUUCUUCUGGGACCCUUAGGAAAAGGUCAACAGUACCAUGAGAUUGGCAGGUCAAUUGGAACAUUAAUGACGGAUGAGGUAUUUCAUGAUGUUGCAUAUAAAGCUAAGGACCGCAGUGACUUACUCGCUGGAAUUGAUGAGUUUCUUGAUCAAGUGACAGUUCUCCCACCAGGAGAAUGGGACCCAACCAUUCGUAUAGAACCUCCCAAAAAUGUUCCUUCUCAGGAGAAACGUAAAAUUCCAGGUGUACCAAAUGGAACUGCUGCUCAUGGAGACCCAGAGCCACUUGGAGGACAUUCGGGGCCAGAAUUACAACGUACUGGAAAGCUCUUUGGGGGCUUGGUUUUAGAUAUCAAGAGGAAAGUGCCAUUCUUUUUGAGUGACUUCACCGAUGCAUUCAGCUUGCAGUGUCUAGCAUCUUUUCUAUUUCUCUAUUGUGCUUGUAUGUCUCCUGUUAUCACAUUUGGCGGCUUGCUGGGAGAAGCAACAGACGGUCGUAUAAGUGCAAUAGAAUCUCUGUUUGGUGCAUCGAUGACUGGCAUAGCUUACUCAUUGUUUGGUGGGCAACCUCUUACCAUAUUGGGUAGCACAGGACCAGUUUUGGUGUUUGAAAAGAUAUUAUUCAAAUUUUGCAAGGAAUACGGACUAUCUUACCUUUCUCUGAGAGCGAGCAUUGGUUUAUGGACUGCAAUUCUGUGUAUCAUUCUUGUUGCGACUGAUGCAAGUUCUUUGGUGUGCUAUAUCACUCGGUUUACGGAAGAAGCUUUUGCAUCUCUCAUCUGCAUCAUAUUCAUUUAUGAGGCCUUAGAAAAGCUCUAUCAUCUCAGAGAAACAUAUCCAAUCAACAUGCAUAAUAACUUGGAACUUCUAACACAAUACUCAUGCAGCUGUGUGGAACCAGAUAACCCAAGCAAUACUACCUUACAAUAUUGGCAGUCAAAGAACAUGUCCUCAUUUGCAAUACCUUGGGCAAAUCUUACUGUGACUGAAUGUAAGAACUGGAAAGGGCUGUUUGUUGGACGAGCCUGUCAUGAACAUGAGCCUUAUGUUCCAGAUGUCCUCUUCUGGUCAGUCAUCUUAUUCUUUUCUACAGUCAUACUGUCGUCCACACUGAAGCAGUUCAAGACUAGCCGAUAUUUCCCAACCAAGGUACGGUCUGUGAUAAGUGACUUUGCUGUCUUUCUCACAAUCCUAUCUAUGGUGAUAGUUGACUAUUUCCUUGGGAUCCCAUCACCAAAACUUCAGGUUCCAAAUGUUUUUAAGCCUACCAGGGAUGACCGUGGCUGGGUUGUCUCACCCUUGGGUCCCAAUCCUUGGUGGACAGUCCUGGCUGCUCUAAUUCCGGCUCUUCUUUGUACCAUUCUGAUAUUUAUGGACCAACAAAUUACAGCUGUUAUUAUAAACAGAAAAGAACAUAAGCUAAAGAAAGGCUGUGGCUAUCACUUGGACUUGCUGAUGGUGGCCCUCAUGCUUGGCGUGUGUUCGAUCAUGGGCCUGCCUUGGUUUGUGGCUGCCACUGUCCUGUCAAUCUCUCACGUGAACAGCUUGAAACUGGAAUCCGAAUGUUCAGCUCCAGGAGAGCAGCCCAAAUUUCUUGGCAUUCGCGAGCAACGGGUCACUGGUCUCAUGAUAUUUAUCCUUAUGGGCUGCUCAGUUUUUUUAACCAGAGUGCUUAAAUUUAUUCCCAUGCCAGUACUUUAUGGUGUAUUUCUUUACAUGGGUGCCUCGUCUCUCAAAGGAAUUCAGCUUUUUGACAGAAUCAAGUUAUUCUGGAUGCCUGCCAAACACCAGCCAGACUUCAUCUACUUAAGGCAUGUUCCCCUUCGAAAAGUCCAUCUCUUCACAGUAAUCCAACUGAGCUCUCUUGUGUUACUAUGGGUUAUUAAAGUUUCAAAAGCUGCCAUUGUAUUUCCGAUGAUGGUCUUGGCAUUGGUGUUUGUCAGAAAACUCAUGGACUUCUUUUUCACCAAACGUGAGUUAAGCUGGCUGGAUGAUUUGAUGCCAGAGAGCAAGAAAAAAAAGCUUGAAGAUGCUGAAAAAGAGGAGGAACAAAGUAUGUUAGCAAUGGAAGAGGAAGGAACAGUCCAGUUGCCACUUGAAGGACACUGCAGAGAUGACCCGUCUGUAAUAAAUAUUUCUGAUGAGAUGGCAAAAACAUCUGUAUGGAAGACAAUGUUGAUAACAUCAGAAAAUGCCAAGGACAAGGAGUCCAGCUUUCCUGCUAAAAGCACUGAAGGCCGACGAGAGAAGAAAGCUGACUCAGGGAAAGGUGUGGAUCGUGAGACUUGUCUGUGACU